UCCUCAUCCUUGAGGAUUCGUUAGUACAAUGUUUUCACGUUUCUCAUGUUGGAUUGGCCCGACAUAAAGGUCCUUCCAUCCCGUGGGCCAAAGCAACAAUAAAGGUCGACCAAGGUACUUCUUCCGUGUUAUCCACAACCAACACGCAGAAAAGGCAAACCAGCAAACACCCAGAGGGAAAUAGUGCCAAGCAGAGGGGAGGAAACCAACUCAUCAGGACAUCUUCAAACAAAGGCAUGGCUUCAAUGGCUGAAGUAGGUCUCAGAAUAAUCCUCACUCAGAUAAUUUCCAAGACCAAUCAGUCCAACCACAUCCUUGUGAAGUCCACGCUCAUCUCGACUCAAACCGGUAAAUCUUCAUCGCCACUGCCGCCGCCGUCAUCGUUAACAUCAAACACGACCUGUUGUUGUAUCUGCGACGCGGAUUGCUUCCUCAAAUCAUGUCAUCUGUGCCGGAAGAAAUUAAGCCCCCACAAGGAUAUCUACAUGUACAGGGGCGAUCAAGGCUUUUGCAGCGUGGUAUGCAGGGACAGGCAGAUCGUGAUUGACGAAAUGGCAGAAAUGGAGAUGAUGGUGAGAGCUUCAUCUGCUUCUUCCACCAACUGGAAAAUUCUGCUGCGACGCUCAUGAUCGUGUUGAUCAAAUGACAAAGGUCAUGCUUUGUAACGCAAGCCCAGCUCUGACGAAACUAUCUCACCUACUACUCACAAAUUUAUUUUUCGAAAAAGGGUUUUUUUUUUUUGGCAUUCGCAAUUUUUUUUUAAAAUUUAUGACAAGCAAAAUCUACAUUAGAUGAACAAAUUUCGAGCGCAUUAAUGCAUCGCGAACUUCAUGGAUUGUAUAAGACGCGAGCCAAAAUCCGAUUAAGUAACCCGAAUACAGAACGUCUCUUUUACA